UGGAUAUGGUGUGAAUAUAUAAAAUCAAGAACACUGAAACCAAAGGCUUAUAAUUGAUAAAUCUUCAUCUUCAUUUGAACGCUUAUUCAGUUAUCUGUAUAUUUUAGAUUCAUAAACAGACCAACAAUGAAGUUUGGAAAAGAAUUUGCAUCACAGAUGGUGCCUGAAUGGAGAGAAGCAUAUAUGAACUACAACUACCUCAAGAGUCUCUUGAAACAGAUCUUGAUUUUCCACAGGGGACAGAUCAGGUUGUCCGAGAAUCCUGUGAACUCCCCGGCGAAAGCGGCUGCUUUGAAGCGAAGGGUGUCUCUUUUUAGGGCUUUCAGUGGACUAACCAGUCGGUAUGGUAAUAACAAUAGUCCCAAAAAGGGUAAUGAGGAUGAAGUGAUUCUAGUGAGUGCAAUGCAGGAAGCAGAUGAAGAACAAGGGGAUGAUGUUGAGAGUUACCAGACCGUUUUUCUUCGGUCGUCAGAGGAAGGAGGAGAUCUUGAGCUUGUGUUCUUUAGAGGACUUGAUCAUGAAUUUAAUAAGGUUAUUCAUUUUUAUAAAAGUAAAGUGCAGGAGGUGGUGAAGCAGGCUGAAGAGUUGAGUAAUCAAAUGGAUGCUCUCAUUGCUCUUAGGAUUAAAGUUACUAAUCCCACUGCGGCUGCAGCCGUUGCCGCUGCGGUCUCUUCGUAUGUUAAUGAAAGGAACACGGGUUCGAACCCAUUGGAGGUGAUUCAAGAAGAACAGCAAGAGAAGAGAUCAGAUGUUAGAAAGGGAUACAAGAUGGCUUCUUUAGAAGUUUUAAGCCAUGUUAAAAUCAAUGCCGCCCCAGAAACACCGGUGUCCACCGUGAAAAAUGUUUUCAAAAGUUUAAAUCUAGACCUGCAUUUUAAUACAAGGGAAGUCAGGAAUGCGGAAGAAAAGUUGAAGCAAGCUUUUAUUGAGUUUCACGAAAAGCUUCGGUUUUUAAAGAACUAUGCGUUCCUGAAUCAGUUGGCCUUCUCCAAGAUAAUGAAGAAGUAUGAUAAGAUCACAUCGAGAAAUGCGUCGGAUGCUUACUUGAAGAUGGUUGAAGAUUCUUACUUGAGCCAAUCCGAUGAGGUUUCUAAGCUCAUAGAGCGAGUCGAAGCAGCAUUCAUAAAGCACUUUUGUAACGGGAACCGACAUCAAGGAAUGGACACGUUAAGGCCCAAAGCUAAACGAGAGAAGCAUCGGGUAACAUUUUUAGUUGGUUGCUUCUUUGGAUUCUCAUUAGCACUUAUGGUGGCGAUUAUCGUAAGCAUACACGCUAGAAAUCUGCUUAAGAGUGAAGGCCGAACAAAGUAUAUGGAUACCAUCUUUCCACUGUACAGCUUGUUUGGAUUUCUGGUGUUACAUAUGCUGAUGUAUGCUGGAAACGUAUACUUUUGGACACGUUAUCGCGUUAAUUACUCGUUCAUAUUUGGAUUCAAGCAGCGUACAGAAUUGGGUUUUAAAGAAGUUCUACUCCUCAGCUCUGGUCUAUCAGUACUCACUCUUGCAGCUGUACUCUCAAAUCUUGAAAUGGAAUUGGAUCCGGAAACUCAAAGUUACAAAGCGGUCACUGAAUUACUCCCCCUGUUUUUAGUCAUUGUUGUUAUUUUGAUAACAAUCUGUCCAUUCGACAUCUUCUAUCGUGCAAACCGCUUCUUUCUCUUAGUCUGUUUAUGGCACUGCAUAUGUGCUCCACUUUAUGCGGUCACUCUCCCUGAUUUCUUCUUGGCCGACCAGUUUACUAGUCAGGUUCAGUUAUUGAGGAAUUUGCAGUUCUACGUAUGCUACUACGGCUGGGGAGAUUUCAAGACAAGGAAUGCAGAAACCUGCAAAAAUAGCGAAGUUUACGAUGUUUUUUUUAUCGUCAUUGCAGUUAUCCCAUAUUGGAUCCGAGCCCUACAGUGCAUACGAAGGUUGUGUGAUGGGCGCGACUCUACACAAGCUCUGAAUGGACUAAAAUAUUUCUCUACCAUCGCCGCUGUUGUUACAAGAACAAUAUACAGUCAAAAAAGAGGAACAACCUUGAAAAUAAUAUCGGCAUCUACUUCAAGUGUUGCAACGAUUUUCAGUACCUACUGGGACAUAGUGAUGGAUUGGGGUCUUCUAUGUAAGGACUCGGAGAAUCCAUGGUUAAGAGACAAGCUUAUUUUGCCAAACAAAUCUAUAUACUUCAUAGCAAUGGUAUUGAAUGUGAUACUGAGACUUGCCUGGAUGCAAACUGUGCUGGAUUUUCAUGAGGCUCCGUUCCUCCAUAAAAAUGCGCUAAUUGCAAUCGUUGCGAGUCUGGAGAUCAUUCGACGUGGCAUAUGGAAUUUCUUCAGGUUGGAGAAUGAGCAUUUGAACAAUGUUGGAAAAUUUAGAGCUGUGAAAUCGGUUCCAUUGCCUUUUAGCUACGAGGACGGAUACAAGAAUCUAUAAUUCGUUUCUAUAAUUCGUUUAUUCGUUUAUAAGAAUCAUUAUUGCGAAGUUGUAAAGAGUCAACAGUUUUGUAAAGGACUAUCAGCUUUAUAUUAUUUAUGCAGUUUAGUAUAAUAUGUUUAAAUUUCAAACUCAGUA